CGAAGUACAUCAUGAAAACAUGCACAUUCGUCACAGGUAACCCGAAUAAGGUCAUCGAAGUCAAUGCCAUUUUAGGCGACUCGAUCCCUAUUCGGGCCCUCGCAUUGGACAUUCCAGAGAUCCAGGGGUCGCUGGAAGACAUUGCGCGAGAUAAGUGCCGACGCGCCGCUAAGAUUGUUGAUGGGCCAGUGAUCGUGGAGGACUCGGCAUUGGAAUUUCAUGCGAUGAAUAGGCUUCCAGGGCCAUAUAUUAAAUACUUCCUCGAAGAACUCGGAAACGAUGGUUUGAAUAAGCUCUUGGUUCCGUACGAUGAUAAAGGUGCAGACGCGGUCUGCACUUUUGCUUUUUCCUUGGGGCCUACUAGUGAGCCCUUGAUCUUUCAAGGAAGGCUUCAAGGCAAAAUUGUUCCCGCGAGAGGACCGCCCGUGUUCGGAUGGGAACCAAUUUUCGAGCAUGAAGGAGAAACUCUUGCGGAGAUGGCCCAUGAUAAGAAGAACAAACUAUCACAUCGUUAUCAAGCCUUGUGCAAGUUCCAGGAAUGGCUGGCCAAGGGCGAAAAUUGAUCCCUUUACCUUCGUGCGACACAUAGGUGCCGUUGUCGAGUGGAAUGAAGUCAAGG